AAGGAAGGGUUGCUAUAAUAAAGCUGAAAGGCAUGGGAAGAUUCUCUCUGAUGAUAAGAGGACAAAAUAAAAUGCGUGUAAUGAGCAAUGAGAAAUAGUUGUUAUAGAUAGAUUUGGGUGGUUAAAUAAGUAGGGUUAAGAAAAGAGAAAAUAGAAAAAAGAAUGAAUUAAGAGAAAGUAGAAAAGAUGGGUUGAAAGUUGAAAGUUGAUAGUUAUAAAUAAGAAAAGUGGAGCGCACGGGUGAGAAGAGGAAGGAUAAGUUGAAUCGGGCAUGGAAGGGCUGGCCAUGCUGAAGCAAGUAAUUGGUCAGCUCCAUUACCAAUCUCUCAUUCGCAACACUCUUCUCUUUCAACAACCCAGAUGGACCUCUCUUGACAUUGAAGAUAGCUCUGUAGACGACUUUUGUGGCCUUGUAAUGACAACUGGAAAGUCUGGCAGUUUCAGGAUGUCAGAGCCUCUAAAGCCUCCACCUCCCAAGAAGUCUCGAAGAGAUAGAAGCAGGGGCAAAUCAUCUGGAAGAUCCAGUGCUACUGAAGUUAUGGAACAAGAAAUUUGGAAAGAUUUUCCUGAAGAUUUAUUUGAGGCUGUGAUUGCACGACUUCCCAUUGCCACAUUUUUCCGCUUCCGUUCUGUCUGUCGGCAUUGGAAUUCCAUGCUGACUUCUCAAAGUUUUUCUCAGCAUUGUACUCAAAUCCGACAAGAAAAUCCAUGGUUUUACACCAUUACCCAUGAAAAUGUGAAUUCGGGAGCCAUGUAUGACCCUUCUUUGAAAAAAUGGCAUCACCCAACUAUAUCAACACCGCCCACAAAGUUGAUUGUUUUGCCAGUGGCUUCUGCUGGGGGUUUAGUUUGCUUUCUUGACAUUGGUCAUCGAAACUUCUUUGUUUGUAACCCACUGACUCAAUCCUUCAAGGAGUUGCCAGCUCGAUCAGUUAAGGUAUGGUCUCGUGUUGCUGUAGGGAUGACAACAAAUGGAAACUCAACUGGUUCAGGCUACAAGAUCUUAUGGGUGGGUGGUGAUGGAGAAUAUGAAGUGUAUGACUCAGUCAGAAAUUCUUGGAGUCGUCCAGGAAACAUGCCUGCGGGUAUGAAGCUGCCAUUGUCACUCAACUUUAGGUCUCAGACCGUCUCUAUUGACAGCACGCUUUACUUCAUGCGUUCAGAUCCAGAAGGGAUUGUUUCCUAUGAUAUGGCAACUGGGGUUUGGAAACAAUAUAUAAUCCCAGCGCCAUUGCAUCUGACCGACCACACUCUGGCUGAGUGUGAUGGCCAGAUCAUGCUUGUGGGUUUGCUCACAAAAAAUGCAGCUACAUGUGUAUGCAUAUGGGAGCUGCAGAGAAUGACACUCUUGUGGAAGGAGGUUGACAGAAUGCCAAACAUAUGGUGCUUGGACUUUUAUGGGAAGCACGUUAGAAUGACUUGCCUGGGGAACAAAGGCUUGCUCAUGUUGUCACUUAGAUCAAAACAAAUGAACCGAUUGGUUACUUACAACAUAGCUAGGAAAGAAUGGCUGAAGGUUCCCGGGUGCGUGGUGCCACGUGGGAGAAAACGACAGUGGAUAGCAUGUGGUACUGCAUUUCAUCCAUGCCUGACCGCAGUGGCAUGAUUUCACUUGUAUCUCUAACAGCAAUGACCUGCCAUUUUCCCCCUCCAAUGUAGUAGUUCUUUGCAAUUUGCAGGCCUUUGGUGGUAUUGUACGUAAUCCUAAUGUUCAUUGCUGGGUUAACAAAGUAGAUGAUAAUAAUAUGGGUUUGUAGUGAUUCACGUUUAUUCAUACUCUCAGACAUGUAAACAUUACUUUAGUUGUGUUACGAAUGCCUCAUCCUAGGAACACCUUGGUAAAAGGCGAUAAAACUGCAGUUUUUUUUUAUGUAUCAGUAAGUGAAUGGUUUUUGUUCUUAUGUUUGUCUUCUAGAUGAAAGUAAAUAUAGUUUUCGUAUU